ACACACUCUGACAGUCAGAGUCGACGCGGCAGCAGAGCUCAGCGCUCAGCUCUGGAUGUUUGGUGAGAGGGAGGCUCACAGAGACACGGACACAGAGGACCGGAGCGGACUGCCGGUGGAUGUGUGAGUCUGUGCCCGGGCUGCGGUGGAUCUGUGCCGGCCCCGCUGUGAAUGGGAUUACGCCGGUUGUUCCGCGUCUCCCGGAGGAACCAUGCGGCCGCAGAGCUUCUCGGUCCCCUCGGUGCUGCUCCCGCUGCUGCCGCCGCUGCUGCUGCUGCUCGGGCUCUGCAGCGGCACAAGUUUCCCAAGUAACAUCAACAUAGGAGGCCUUUUCCCCACCGGCUCCCAUGAGUACGAGGUGUUUCGCUUCGCCCUGGCGCAGCACCAGGACGUCCCCAAACUGGUGCCACAGGUCGACAUGGUGGACACGGGGAGCAGCUUCGCCAUGACCUACGCCUUCUGCUCCCAGUUCUCCAAAGGUGUGUACGCCAUCAUGGGUCUGUACGACCGGCGGACGGUCAACAUGCUGAUGUCUUUCUGCGGCUCUCUACACGUCUGCUUCGUCACGCCGUCCUUCCCCGUUCACACCAACAACCAGUUUGUCCUGCAGCUGCGGCCCCAGCUGCAGGAGCCCCUCAUGGCCCUGCUGGAGCACUUCUACUGGACCAGGUUCGUCUACAUGUACAGCUCCGACUCAGGUCUGACGGUGCUGCAAAGGAUCUUGGACACGGCGGCGGAGCGCAGCUGGCAGGUCACCUCCGUUAACUUGGACACUCUGACAGAAGCCGGCUUCAUCAAGCUGCUCGCCGACCUCGACUACAAGAAGGACUUUCAGAUCAUCAUCGACUGCGAGCUCGAACGACUCAACUCCAUCGUCAACCUGAUUGCUGCUCAGAGGAGGAACUUGAAGAACUACCAUUACAUCCUGGCCAAUCUGGGCUUCAUGGACCUGAACAUGACAGAGUUCCAGAAGCUUGGUCCAAACGUGACGGGCUUCCAGCUUGUGAACCGGUCCGAUCCGGCUGUGGAGAAGAUCAACCAGGACUGGCUGGACUUCGACAGCAAAGACCUCAAACUAGCCCGCAGGAGUCUCAGGUACACAGGAGCUCUGACGUACGACGGCGUCAGCGUCAUGGCGACAGCCUUCCAGAACCUGCGGCGGCAGCGGAUCGACAUCUCUCGCCGUGGCAAUGCAGGGGAGUGUCUGGCGAACCCUCCGGCUCCCUGGGGACAGGGCAUCGACAUACAGAGAGCUCUGCAACAGGUGCGUCUGGAGGGGCUGACGGGUCGCGUCCAGUUUGACGAGCGAGGACAUCGAACCAACUACACUCUGAGUGUGAUGGAGCUGAGACUCACGGGGCCCAGGAAGAUCGGCUACUGGAACGAGAAGAGAGGCUAUGUGAACACAGCCGUCUAUAAGCCGGUGCUGGAGGAGUUCUACGGUCUGCUGAACAGAACCUACAUCGUCACCACCAUACUGGAAGCUCCCUACAUGAUGCUGAAGAAGAACCAUGAGCAGUUUGAAGGAAAUGAAAGGUACGAAGGUUACUGCGCAGAACUGGCCGCAGAAAUCGCCAAACACGUGGGCUUCGUCUAUCGGCUCGAGCUGGUGGGCGACGGAAAGUACGGAGCCAGAGACAGCGAAACGAAGAUGUGGAACGGCAUGGUGGGAGAACUGGUGUACGGGAAGGCGGACGUGGCGGUCGCUCCGCUCACCAUCACUCUGGUCAGAGAGCAGGUGAUCGACUUCACCAAACCCUUCAUGUCUCUGGGAAUCUCCAUCAUGAUCAAGAAACCCACCAAAUCCAAACCGGGAGUCUUUUCCUUCCUCGACCCGCUCGCCUACGAGAUCUGGAUGUGCAUCGUCUUCGCCUACAUUGGAGUCAGCGUCGUCCUCUUCCUGGUGAGUCGUUUCAGCCCGUACGAAUGGCACGGUGAAGACUCUGAUGAUGAAGAUGAAACUCUGCCUUCUUCUGGUUCUCGACGAGCUCUGCCGACCUCUUCCUCUGAGCUCACUCACUCUCCAGGGUUUUCUCAGAACCAGAACCAGCAGAAAGAAAAGGAGACUCCAGAACACACCAACGACUUUGGGAUCUUUAAUUCUCUCUGGUUCUCACUGGGAGCCUUCAUGCAGCAGGGCUGUGACAUCUCCCCCAGGUCACUCUCAGGUCGAAUCGUGGGAGGAGUUUGGUGGUUUUUCACCCUCAUCAUCAUCUCCUCCUAUACAGCCAACCUGGCAGCCUUCCUCACUGUGGAGAGGAUGGUGUCCCCCAUAGAGAGCGCCGAGGACCUGGCCAAGCAGACCGAGAUCGCCUAUGGUACCCUGGACGGAGGAUCCACUAAAGAGUUCUUCAGGCGGUCAAAGAUUGCAGUUUUUGAGAAGAUGUGGUCGUACAUGCGAAGUGCAGACCCUUCAGUGUUCGUCAAGAACACUAACGAGGGCGUGAUCAGAGUCAGGAAGUCGAAGGGGAAGUAUGCCUACCUCCUGGAGUCGUCCAUGAACGAGUACAUCGAGCAGAGGAAGCCCUGUGACACCAUGAAAGUGGGGGGAAACCUGGACUCUAAAGGUUACGGAGUGGCCACACCCAAAGGAUCGCCCCUCAGUGUUUCAGUCUGUCUGCCUGUUCCUGAUCUGUCGGCCUGUUUACCUGUCUGUUGUCAUGUUCUCUGUUCUGCCUGUCUGACUGCGACCUGCCUGUCUCUCUGCCUCUACAGUCAUGAUACUGACAACCCUACUAACAUUCAUAUCUAUCUACCUAUCUAUCUAUCUAUCUAUCUAUCUAUCGUUCUGUCUCUAACUGUGCUGCUGUCAGAUAAAACACCGCAUUAAAGGGAUAGUGCACCCCAAAAUGAAAAUUCAGCCAUUAUCUACUCACCCAUAUGCCGAGGGAGGCUCAGGUGAAGUUUUAGAGUCCUCACAUCACUUGCAGAGAUCCAAGGGGAGAGGAGGUAGCAACACAACUCCACCUAAUGGAGGCUGACGGCGCCCCAGAUUCAAACGUCCAAAAACACAUCAUUGAAACCACAAAAUAUCUCCAUACUGCUCGUCCGUAGUGAUCCAAGUGUCCUGAAGCCCCGACAUAAAAAGUUGUUUGGAAAAACGUCAUCUGAACUCUGUUUUUAGCCUCACUGUAGCCUGUAGCUCUGACUGCCUCUCUGGGCACCACGCUCACGUGUGUGCGCUUGCAUGCGAGACCAGGAAAGCACGUGAACACACAUGAAGGCGGUGCCCAUGUCUCAUGCAAGCGCACACAAGUGAGCAUGUCAGUGGUGUGAACUGGCCGGUCUGAGCUCGACUCAGCGGGCUGAUGGUGUCACCUGACACUCAGCUAUUAACCCCAUUAUUCUCACCAGUAGUAAACGGGCCGCGGUGGUAAAUUAUUAACAACCGUAGUAUUUAAAGGCUUCGACAUUACGUGUUCUUUUAUCUGUAAGUGUUAGCUCACUGUUUUAUAUGUUUUGGUGUAAUUUAUUAUCGUGCUGCAGCAGCCGCUCCUCCUGCUGUCUGAGCGUCGGGCAGGUGCAUCACCUUUACGCACACACAGACACACAAACAUGGAGUAGAGACAUCAUGGCAGAGACAGAGAGGUGAAGAUAACGAGCUGACGACAACUACGCUAGUUAUUGUGAGUGUAAUGAAACCUCCGCGAGGAAAAGUCAAUACUUAAUCACUACACCUGAUCAGCAACAUGUUUACAUGUAGAAAAGUAUCUUAAAACUUACCUGAAGGUCAUGUGACCUGUGGUCAUGUGACUGCAGGCAGUGAGUCUCCUCAGCAGCAGAGAGCACAGCAGGACUGAUACUGAUGUCUGUGUUCUUUAUUCUUUCUAAACUUCACUCAGUAUUGUGACGUCAGGAAUAUGAUUUGUUUUAUUGACGUGUUAGAUUUGUUUCCAGUCAGACAUUGAGUUUAUAUUGUG